AUGAGGUCUGCAACAUUGAGAGACCAUGGCAGCGGCGACGACCUUAGAACAAAGAGAUUCUCAUACUUCAAGCGCCGAUUCGAGCACGAGGAGAAACUUGUAUCUCGGAACAAGCAGCUUGUUGGGACCAUAAAGGAGGCGGAGUGGAAGGUUUUGACCAUCGAAAACUUAAAGUUCAACAAGCAAGUAGAAGAGAUGAGAGCGAGAAUCUUACAUCUCGAACAAGAGAUGUCAAAAUUGAAGCCUCUUGACAACUUGCUCGAAUUUCUCGAUAUGGGAGGAGAAAGGUUUGAAUACUUGCUCAGAGCCCUGCCAUCAGACCGAGAUUCUUCAAGAGGCGACGAGGAGGAGGAGAAGCAGAUUGACAAGGUCAUCAACGACAGUCAGGAGCUCACAGAUCGCCUGUUUGCGCUCUUGCAGUCGUGCGCUGAUGAUGAAGUUGAGUAUGGGGCUCUGGAUCGCACGAACGAGCUGCAGAUGAUCAGGCAGGCGCUACAUGGAAACCCUCGCUGGAAAGAUUUCCUGAAAGAGGAACAAGACGAUGUCCAGCAUGGUCAGAGGGCAGACGAGGCAACGAGCGACCAGUUGGCAUGGUUAUCCAAGGGAAGCCCGGGUGGCGAGGACGAGGAUGAGGAUGAGUUCGCGCAUGAGAUCAUGGCUGUUGGCACAGAGUUGCAACUUGUCUGCAAGAGAUGCGGCAAGACGUUCACAGAGGAAACAAACAGAGACACCUCCUGCCGACAGCACCCUGGCCUAAAGCAGCUGGACGCCAGUUGGAAUUCAAUCUGGUCCUGCUGCAGGAGAAGGAUAGACGCGCCAGGCUGCAUCCUGUGUAAGCACGAGCGAGCGAUAGACAACGACGCUGAGCCUGACUCAGAGGACGACGACUGA